GAUAACAAAACUAGUAAGUAAUACUAAAACUAUCAAACGAGUCAGCGACACGAAGUGCUAAGUAAAUAUGACAAAACUUUUGGUCUUGUGUCUUGUUUUGAGUGCGUUAUUGAUGUUGGGCCAUUGCACUGAUUCGGAGAGUGAAGUCAUCGUCAAAGACGGCCACCGCGUUGUCGUGGUGGAGUACGACAGAGACGGCAAAACCAACACUAGAGUCUCGAUUCAACCGCCGGGAAAAGAAGAAGAGAAGAGAAGAGACAAAGGAGAAAUAGUGUUUGGGAAUGCGAAGAGGGAAACGUCGUCGUCUCAUUCAGAAGAGAAGGAGCGUGAACACCACGUGUCUGCAGGGGAACUCGUAUGCGAUGCUCUCGGUAAGUGUAAGCACAAGAUGGCGACUGUGUUGAGGAGAUUGAAGGACCUAACGCCUGGUGACGAACUAUUCGAUGAAACUCCCAAAGAGACCGUCGCAUGUGCGGCACGUGACGUGGAAAAGAAAGCUUGUGAAGUCGAGGAACCGGUGAAUGAAAGGGCCACAACGAAGGCUCAUAAGUCCCAAAACGUUUGGGAGGAGGCAAAGAUCGCGGUGAGGGGGAUAGGGACUAUGGUUGGCAAGGCGCUUGGGCUGUCGAAGAUUGGGAGCGUGGUAGGUCUAGUGGGGAUCGCGGCGGCGUACGGGAUGUGCGUGUGGGUGACGUUCGUGUCGGGCUACGUGUUGGGGUCGGUUCUUGGGAGGCAUCAAUUCGGUGUGGUGCAGAGCAAGAUGUAUCCCGUGUACUUCAAGGCAGUCUCUGUAGGAAUCCUGAUUGCGUUGUUAGGACACGUCAUCAGCCGGCGCCGGAAGGUUUUUACCGAUGCGGUGGAUAUGUGGCAAGCCGUUAACCUCUUGUCCUCGAUCUUGAUGGUCGAAGCUAAUGCCUCAUUUGUUGACCCACGAGUCACCAAGGCAAUGUUUGAGCGGAUAAAAGCUGAAAAGGAAGAUGGAAGAGGACUUGACACGUCAGAGUCAGAGUCAGAGUCAAGUGAAACAGCGGCUAAAACCAUCGGUAAGAAGAAUAGAGAGAAGAUGGACGAGGAUGGGGUGAAGAAUAGUUAAAUGUUUGUUUUACAUAAUAUCUCUCUCCAUGUUUUGAAUUAUCCCUUGGACCCUUGGUAAUUGGUAGAAUGAAAGGAGAGUGUAUCUGGAAGUUCCCAUCACUUCCUAGAUUCUUGUUUAUGGUGCAAUUGGAGCAACAAGUUCAAAACAUCUAGAUUCUUUGUUUUUGUUGUA